AUGUCAGAGUUACUUAAUCAGAAAUCUUCAGUACAAGGAAAAAUUCCUUCGGCCUAUAUUAAUGCUCUAUUUGAUUUAACUGGAGCCUGGUUGAAUGAUGCUGCGUAUGCCAAAUAUCUGGCAUUUGAUGGUUAUUUUAUCUCACUCUGCUAUUUGCACCUGACAACAUCUCCACUAGUACUCAAAGAUGAAGUUAAGAAGGCUGUUCCAUCUCAUUGGGAUCCAGCAUUGUUAUCCAGGUUUCGUUCUAUCUGGGGUAAUGUAGCAUAG